ACGCUUUCACUAGAGCGGCCAUUCAAACAGCGGAAGCACAAUGCAUCGGUCAAAGGCAACAUUUCGGGAGUUCCUGGUAGCAGCCGUUGCCAAUAUCUCAGCCAUUGGUAUGGGGACGGCACUCGGGUGGCCAUCGCCGAUGUUUGCCAAUCUACUAAGCAACUCAACCCUGGAGAAUCCGGUUGGCUAUCCGAUAGUGGAGGCUGAGCAAUCGUGGAUCAAUUCGAUUCUAGCGGUGGGUGGCUUUUUUGGGCCCUUUGCUGCAGGAUAUUUGGCCGAUUGGAAAGGUCGCAGGUUGGCGCUUUUGCUGAGUGGGCCGUUACAUCUGAUAGGCUGGAUUUUGCUAGUAGUGGCAAAAUCGGUGGCGGUCAUGAUCGUUGGACGGUUUGUUUUGGGCUUCGGAAACGGUUGGAUUUUGAUUGCGCUCACUAUGUACAUUGGAGAAAUAGCCAGUGACAAGUACCGCGGAAUUCUUGGGUCAUUUCUGCAGAUAGGUCAAACGUUGGGAAUACUGUAUGUGUACUGCAUAGGACCAUUCGUGUCCUAUUUCGUGUGUCAGUGGAUAUGCUUGGCUGUUACCAUAUUGUUCACCGUGCUGUUCUAUUACAUGCCGGAAACGCCGCACUUCUACGUGGCAAACAAUUUGGACUAUAAAGCAACAGAGGUGUUGAUGUAUCUACGUGACGGACAUUCAGUGGAAGAUGUCGAACAAGAAAAAGAGUUGAUUAAGAAACACCUUCACCAGGAACAAGACCACCAGAAGUCCAAUGUCUUGCGAAGCCUAUUCACAAAUCGUGCAAACCUUCGAGCCCUAAUAAUUAGUUUCUUCCUUCUAUCGUUUCAACAAUGGACAGGAAUAGAUUGCAUUUUGUCGAAUAGUGAGCUGAUUUUCGACGAGGCCAACAUAUCUUUAGCUCCGGAAAUUUCAACAAUUAUGUUGGGUAUAGUACAAGUGGUCAGCUGCUUGUUGACGCUUCUAUUUGUAGACCGAGUAGGUCGAAAACCAGUUCUGAUGAGCUCAGCAUUGGGAUUGACAGUAAGUCUUGGUAUCUUAGGAGCAUACUUCAUGAUGGUCCAAAUGAACGAUGUCCCGCAGCAUAACAUAUCUUGGAUGCCCCUCACGGGAAUGCUUGCUUUCAUUGCCAUUUUCAACUUCGGCUUUGGACCCGUUCCGUGGGCCAUUGCUUCGGAAAUUUUUGCCCACGACGUUAAGGCAGUAGGGAACAUGAUCAACAUUUCUGUCACGUGGAUCCUAGACUUUUUAGCUCUUCGAUUCUUCUUACUGAUCGGAGAAACCUUUGGCUUGCAGUGGUCGUUUUGGAUUUUUGCCAUUGUCUGUGCAGCUGCUUUUGUGUUCACACUUCUUUGUGUAAUAGAAACCAAAGGUCUAAGUUUACAAGAAAUUCAAGAACGCCUCGGCAGCACCAAGAAGAAACCUGAUCAAUAACGAUGAUAGAUUUUGUUCUGUUUAAUUUUUUAUAGUUGCCGCAAAGUCAUCUCAUAAAAUAUUUAUUAAACUUUAUAAAAAUAAAAUUUACGUAUCAAAAGCUGAUGUGGAAUAUCCAAAAUCUUGAACGAUUUUUAGUUCUGAUUUGUCCAAAAAUAGGCAAUCAUCAUAAUUAAUGAUCAUUCAGCUAUCAAUAUAACGACACCAUGUUGGUAGGGCUAAGUGGGGUAAUUAUUUAUGAACAAGGGGUAAUUCCGAACAAUCAGUCUAAGCGCCGUUACGGUCAUUGUAGGGUCUCAAAACUGAUCAAAUGUGAUAGUCUAUCAUUUUAUUGCCUAUUUAUAGCCUUAAAUAAUUGUUUGUAAGUUUUUUUUAGAAUUGUGGAUCUGUAAUUUUUUUGAAAAUAUGUCUCCCACCUAAGAAAAAUUUAAAAUAACCCAUAACUUCUU